ACCGCACAAUUUAGACCAGACAUGUGGGCCCACACUGCUUAGUGCCCUUUCCCUCUCUCUCUCCGACACUCUCAAUUCCAUCACCAUUUCCACCUAACCGUUUAUUAUACACUUCUUCCCUUCAAAUUCAUCCACCCCUUUGCCUUCUUCUUCCCCAAUUCUCCCAAAAAUCUUAUUUUUUUUCCCUUCUCAGUGAUUGUUCCAAUUGUGGGUCGAUGUCAACGCUGUCCAAAGAUGACAACUUGGUGCUUUCUUCGGAGGACUCUUCGUGCCCAGAAGAGUCUGAGCUUGAAUUGGGUCUUGGGUUGAGCCUCUCUGGCUCUUCAAAGUCUCACCACCAUGUCCAUGCCCCUCCUCCUCCUCUUCCUCCUCUUUCUUAUGCUAGAAUUUACACUGCUAGGGACUUUCCUUCUUCAGCAUCAUCACCUUCUUCUUCUUCUUCUUCCUCUCCCAACUUCACUGCUGGCACCAAGAGAGCUGCUGAUUCUCUUGCUGCCAAUAACCGUCCCAGUCAAGUAGUUGGAUGGCCUCCACUUCGAACAUAUAGAGUGAAUAGCUGCAACUACAAUAGCCAUACAAAGUCACCAGAAGUAUUUGACUCUGUGGCUGAGAAGAGUAAGAACAAUACUACUGCAGUAAGGAAGAGUGCUGACAAUGGCAAUGAUAAUAACAUUAAUGCCAAAGAAAAAAGACACCUCAGGAGUUCCCUGUUUGUCAAGGUAAAUAUGGAUGGGAUACCAAUUGGAAGGAAGGUCGAUUUGAGUGCUCAUAGUUCCUAUGAAACCUUAGCGCAAACAUUGGAGGAUAUGUUUAAUGAAUCAACUACAGUCAUCACUUGCAAAGGAUCAAAUGGUGAGGACCAUGGCAUUAUUAUUGGAGGAGAAAGGCAUUCAAAAUUGUUGGAUGGAUCUUCCAAGUUUGUGCUCACUUAUGAAGACAAGGAAGGAGAUUGGAUGCUUGUUGGAGAUGUUCCUUGGGGGAUGUUCAUUAGCUCAGUGAGGAGGCUAAGAAUCAUGAGAACAUCUGAGGCUAAUGGACUUGGACCUAGAUUGGAAGAAAACAUCAGACAGAAAAGUAAACCCAUAUAGAAACUAUUUUCAUGUCCAAGGACACAGAACCUGUCUCCUUAAAUGUAAAACAAAUAGAAGAAGGGGAAAAACAGAAAGAGAAAGAAGUACAGGAAUACUGCAAGUAUAUGGAGUUUUGAGAUUUAAAUGAUCAAAUCUCGCACUUUUGUUUAAUUAAUUCAGUUUGUUUGUUUGUUUAAUUUGGUAUCUUUGUCACUGCCUCUCUAUUCAUCUCACUUGGAGGGUGCAGGCAUAUAGAUUUCCUUGCAAUACUACUAAUCAUACAAGUCAGACUGCUUCUUAGUGUUGUAAAUGCGAGAUGUUUGCUAACUUUGUCAGCUAUAAAGUUUUGAUUGAACUUUAUUUUACUGUAAA